AUGCCCGAAGUGCCAGCUUUCAAUCUUACGCCUCUGGACCAUCAACUCCUGGCUAUGACCGAUGAGGAAUUUGUAUAUCAUGACUGGGAUGAACUGAAAGAAAUCAUCGCACGAAAUGACCUUGGUGCCCUCAAGCGAAAGCCCUCCGAUCUGCGCCGAUACCUGGCCUGGUCAGCGGAGACCAAAGCCCAGUACGGAUCGAUUAUAAACUACAUUUGCCAGCGGCGAUUGCAGUGGCAGUUGCCGGAUCCUACCACCGGCAUUGACUCCGCGGUUAUUCAACAAAGCGGGCCCCUGGCUGCUUUCAAGAACCCGCGCCCCUUUGCCGAUCCCGAGGAUUAUAAGAUCCUCCGCAAUGACUGGCCUUAUGGCCUCACUCCCGGCAUUUCGCACCUGGUCGUGUGGUUGCGUACUCCUAUUCCCGUGCAAUCUGGGGAAGGCCACUUGACUGAUGAAUCUCGGGCUAUGAUCAACGGUUUUGUGCAAAAGACAUUUGUCGACCGAUUGGCUAAGGAUCCAUCGUUUUCGGACCCUGCUUCGCAUGUGCUAUGGUUCAAAAAUUGGGUUGGUUUGCAGAGCGUCAGAGCACUUGAACAUGUUCAUAUUCUGGUGCGCGAUGUUCCAGAUGAUAUCUUGUUCGAAUGGUCGGGCGAGUGA